AUGCCCGAAUGCCCGGACCGCGGGGCCAAGGCGGCCCCCAUCCAUCAUAAAAUCUCCUUCUCCAUCUUAGACAUCCUGGAUCCCCAGAAAUUCAGCAGAAGACGCGAACCGGCCUCGGCGAGCUGGGGCAGGGCCCCCCGCUCGGGCGAGCGGGAGAAAAGUUUGGGAAGAGUUGAAGUAGGAAAGGACGCUGCUGCUCCCGGCAGCGGGAGGAAUAAACUAGAGGCACAUGCAAGGGCGGCCCCCGGGCGCUCCUUUCCCCGGGGCGGCAGCGGUCGGAUGCCCCGGCCCGCGGGACGGCCGGCUGGCAAGGGCGGCCCCCGGGCGCUCCUUUCCCCGGGGCGGCAGCGGUCGGAUGCCCCGGCCCGCGGGACGGCCGGCUGGCCCCGGGCGCGCACCGCCUUCACCUACGAGCAGCUGGUGGCCCUGGAGAACAAGUUCCGAGCCACGCGGUACCUGUCGGUCUGCGAGCGCCUCAGCCUGGCGCUGUCCCUCAGCCUCACCGAGACGCAGGUGAAGAUCUGGUUCCAGAACCGCCGCACCAAGUGGAAGAAGCAGCACCCGGGCGCCGACGGGGCGGCCCCCGCAGCAUCCCCGGCGGCGGCGGGAGGCGGCAGCCCCAGCGCGGGAGGCGGCAGCCCCAGCCCGCCGGGCCCCGCCGCUCUGCCCUUCCAGACUUUCCCUUCCUACGCCGCCAACAACGUGCUGCUGCCGCCGGCCGCCCCCUUCCCGCUGGGCGCCGGCCCCUUCGCGCCCUUCCUGGGCCCCGCGUACCUCGGCCCCUUCUACGCCCCGCACCUCUGAGGCGGCACCUCAGCCCUUCCGACCCACCGUCAUCACUUCUGCUGGUUGCGUGGCCAUUUGAAGUGUAAGAAAGUUGAUUUUUCCUAGGCGUCAGGGCAGCAUGCUUAACUUUGACACACAGAAUAAAAAAAGCCCACUGUAACCACUGGAUUUUAUUAGCACGUUUGAGAUGUAAUUAUAGGUGUUGGAGAUGGGAAAAGUAACCCUCUUUACACAUGCCUGACACUAAUUCCCUGGAGAUUCUUCUCCAAGUUCAUUGUUAAGAUGCUUCUCGCUGCUGUUCGGCUUGCCAGCACACGUCUGAAGCCUGGAGGGCUCGGGAGCUGUGGCACUCGUUAGCACCGCUGCGAUGCUGAUGCUGAUGAGCGUGCAGGCGGCCGUGUCGAAUCCCAGGGAUGCUCAGUGAAGACAUCCCCAGGCUCUGACUGUGCUCGUGGGACUCUACUGAGCCCUCCCUUGUUAUCGUUUCUGAAAACUGCCAGUCGCCUUCUUGACACCCUACCCGGAGGAGAGCUUUGCAUGGGAAGGCGCAGGAAAAUGCAGCUCGUGUC